UCCAUAUCAUGCGAUUCAGGUGUUCCAAUCCCCUCCAUAUCAUGCGAUUCAGGUGUUCCAAUCCCCUCCAUAUCAUGUGAUUCAGUGUUCCAAUCCCCUCCAUAUCAUGUGAUUCAGGUGUUCCAAUCCCCUCCAUAUCAUGUGAUUCAGGUAUUCCAAUCCCCUCCGUAUCAUGUGAUUCAGGUGUUCCAAUCCCCUCCGUAUCAUGUGAUUCAGGUGUUCCAAUCCCCUCCGUAUCAUGUGAUUCAGGUGUUCCAAUCCCCUCCAUAUCAUGUGAUUCAGGUGUUCCAAUCCCCUCCAUAUCAUGUGAUUCAGGUGUUCCAAUCCCCUCCAUAUCAUGUGAUUCAGGUGUUCCAAUCCCCUCCAUAUCAUGUGAUUCAGGUGUUCCAAUCCCCUCCAUGUGGACACAGGUGUAUACAAUCAAGUCCCUAGGCAUGCAGACGGCUUCUACAAACAUUGGUGAAAGAAUGGGUCGCUCUCAGGAGCUCA